UGUGGACACAAAACAAUUAAGCCUCACACCACACUCUCCACAUUUUCUCCAUAGCCUCAAACUUUUAUUAUAAUUUUUUUUUCCUUUUCCCAUCUCAGAAAGGCAGAGAUCUUCAACCUUAAAUAAAAUAGGUACUAGAAAAUGGGUUGUCAAGCAUACUUCCCUAAUCCCCAACUCUCAUGCAGGCUUCCAAAAUAUAUACCCAAUUACUAUCUAUCUCCACUUCCCAGACUUCAUCGUCCAUUGAAAACCUGCAGAUUAUUCCACCCAAUUUCUUCAACUACGACAGCCACUGAAUCUCCGGUUCCGACCGCCGAUGAUGUGGUGUACGACGUUGAGUUCAGGACCCUGGGAGCCUGCAAGCUUGGGAUUUCUAGAUACCCGGAUUUCGAGUACAAUGCUGAAGGUGGGAGGGGGAGUGGAAAAGGCAUAAAGAAUGGAGAAGACGAUGAAAUCUCAGUUGAUUUCGAGUUGAAAAGCGUGUACAUUCCGCCGUUGACCACCGCCACCACCAAGUUCUUGGGGCUGCCGUUGCCGCCGCUGUUGAAAAUUGACAUCGUACCGGAGCUCUUCACAGGCACCAUCAACCAAGAAUCAGGCAAGAUUGAUCUUGAGUUCCGGGCGAAGUUCUGGUUUUCAAUCGGGAGUGUGUACAGAGCGCCGCCAUUGGUAGUUGAAACAGUUCUUACAUCGGAGGAAUCGAAGGGAAAGAUGAAGAAAGGAAGAGGUGAGAGGCUGAAGAAUAAUAAUUGCAGACUGGUUGGGGUGGCAACAGUCCAACCAAUUGAUGAUGUUUUCUUGAAUUCUUUCCUUAGCCUCCCAAGUGAAUGUCUUGCUGAUUUGAAUGCUUCCAUUUCAUUGUCCCCAACCUAGACAUUUUUAGGAAUUUCAUCCUAUGUACUAUACCCUAGCCUGCAAUCUAACUACAAAUUAAAGUGAACUUCAUAAACAUAAAUAUUAUACCCCUAUUGCACUUUAAUUACUUGUCUUA